UAUAUUGAUCCUAGCUGUAAUUUGUGUUAGUCGAAUUUGAACAUGGAGAGUGUAACAGAGGGAACGUGGGAAAGUUUACCAGUGCAAUUGAACGCUUUUAUUUUAGAAACUGUUCACGAUCUCGGUUUUACUCAUAUGACUCCUGUACAGUCUGCCACCAUUCCUCUCUUCAUGAACAAUAAAGAUGUGGUCGCAGAAGCAAUAACAGGAAGUGGAAAGACAUUAGCUUUUGUGAUACCUCUACUGGAGAUCCUUGUGAAACGUGAAGAAAAGCUGAAGAAAAAACAGGUUGGUGCUAUAAUUAUUACACCAACAAGAGAACUUGCAAUUCAGAUUGAUGGAGUGCUGAAACAUUUCACCAAGCAUUUUCCACAGUUCAGUCAGAUUCUUUGGAUCGGUGGAAGCAAUCCUAUUGAUGAUGUGGAAAAGUUUAAAGAGCAUGGGGGAAAUAUAAUCAUUGCCACUCCAGGACGUUUGGAAGAUAUGUUUAGAAGAAGAGGAGAUGGAUUAGAUUUGUCUGCUUGUGUGAAAACACUUGAUGUGCUUGUAUUAGAUGAAGCUGACAGACUUCUAGACAUGGGAUUUGAAGCGAGUUUGAAUACCAUCCUGGGAUAUUUGCCAAAGCAGAGGAGAACAGGGUUGUUUUCAGCUACUCAGACUCAAGAAGUAGAGAACCUGGUCCGAGCAGGUUUACGUAAUCCUGUCAGGAUCACAGUGAAGGAAAAAGGAGUGUCAGCAAGCAACACACAGAAAACUCCUGCAAGGCUGCAGAAUUAUUACAUGACUUGCAGAGCAGAUCAGAAGUUUAAUCAGCUAGUGACCUUUCUUCGGCAGCACAAACAGGAAAAGCAUCUCAUUUUCUUCAGCACCUGCGCUUCUGUGGAAUAUUUUGGGAAAGCUCUUGAAGCCUUUGUUAAGAACACAAGGAUAAUGUGCAUCCAUGGAAAGAUGAAGCACAAACGCAACAAGAUUUUCUCUGAAUUCCGACAACUGAAAAGUGGCAUAUUGGUUUGCACUGAUGUGAUGGCUCGAGGUAUAGACAUUCCAGAAGUAAACUGGGUUUUGCAGUUUGAUCCCCCAAGCAGUGCCAGUGCAUUUGUCCAUCGCUGUGGGAGGACAGCUCGUAUUGGUAAUUUUGGCAGUGCACUUGUAUUUUUGCUUCCCAUGGAAGAAUCGUACGUCAGUUUCCUUUCAAUAAAUCAGAAGUGCCCAUUGCAGGAAAUGAAGCUGCUGAAAGAGCCAGUGGAUGUCCUUCCAAAACUGAAGGCAAUGGCUAUGACGGACAGAGCAGUGUUUGAAAGAGGGAUGAGAGCCUUUGUGUCCACUGUACAGGCUUAUGCAAAGCAUGAAUGUAACCUCAUCUUCCGGAUAAAAGAUCUGGACUUUGCUGGUCUUGCUCGUGGUUUUGCUCUGUUAAAACUACCAAAGAUGCCUGAACUGAAAGGAAAAUUUUUCCCAGAAUUUAAACCUGAAAACAUAGACAUUGAUAUGAUUUCAUAUAAAGAUAAAAACAGGGAAGUGCAGAGACAGAAGAUGCUAAUAGACAAGCAGAAAGCUGAGAAACACCACAGUGAGGGGAGAAAGCCUUUUGUAAAGAAUAAAGCUUGGUCAAAACAGAAAACCAAGAAGGAGCGGAAGAAGAAGUCUGCACUGAAGAGGAGGCGAGAGGAGGAGUGUGAUAAGGAUGAUGACAGUGAUCUGGAUGAACUGCUUAAAGAUACCAGACUGUUAAAAAAGCUGAAGAGGGGUAAAAUCAGUGAAGAGGACUUUGAAAAGCAGGUGAUGAGUGGCCACAGAUUAGAACAGUUGGCAGUGUAAAGAAGUGUACUAAGAAAGCAGUGCUCAACAUUCUGAAGUCUUCAGCGUGCUUUAGAUGAUGGCAGAUAUAAUGACUAAAAGUCAUACCAGAAUGUCUCAUGACUGAGCACUAUUACACAUCUUAGCUUUGAGUGUAACCAUGCUUGGUGUCCUUCUGAUGAGCCAAUGAUUUAGCCACCAUGGGAUUUGUCAUCUUCAAAUAGUACAGAACUUCAAGUCACAAUUUCACGUGCCAUUGAGCAAGCUGAAACAUCCUAAAACCAGCUAGUUCUACUACCAGAAAAGUAUGAAUUAUGGGGCAGUGCUGCACAUUGAGUUGGAGGAGUUACUUAAAACUGACUGUAAAGCUAAACACAUAAUGGCUAACUGGUUUAAUUUGAGUUGUCAGCAUAAUUUAAGCUACCUGUAGUGAGGUAUGUAGAUUUAUGAUGUGGUGUAGCUUUGAUGAUAACACUUACAGUUUGACUGAUUCUUCCUGCUGAGAGAGAGGAUGUACUUUGCAGUCAUCCAUUUUGAUAUUCCACUGUCCAGGAAUGUCUACCAGACAUUUUAUUAGUUGAUUAAAUACAAUAACUUUUUAUUAAAUUUUCUAAGACGACAAUAUGAACUUUUUUCCAUAGUAUACCAGUAUUUUUCUUUAAUUAGUGUCUUGUUGCUCUCUGUAUAAAGUUCCGUGCUCAUUCUGUUAUGUAAGUAAAGAAAUUAUUCAUACCGGGAA